CCCACACCCACACCCACACCCACACCCACCCACACCCACCCACACCCUUCUUCAUUAAAAUCAUUUUGAUAAUCAAUUUGUUUUCGGUCAAUUUUUAAUAAAAUAAAUAAACUUCAUUUUCCAAUGCAUCUUCAAUUGCUUCAAUUUUCUUUGUUAACAUUUCAUUAGUAAUUAUUUCUAUUUAAUAGAAACAAAAAAAACCAACUCGAUUAAGAAAAAAAAAGAUUCAUUAAAUUUACUGAAUUUUUUUCGAUUUUUGCGUUCAAUAUUUUUCGCAUAAAACCGUUUUCUUUUAAAAAUACGUGAAAAAACAUAAAUGAUUAGAUGACAAAUAUGUGAAAAUAUAAUUAAUAGUUGUGGAAGUAAUGGUCGUGUUAAAUAAUAGCAUACUAAUGAAUAAUGUUGAAAUUUCCAGAGAGGGAGAAAAAGAAAUAGGCCAAGAGAGCAAUAUUUCUUUUUUUCAUUCUCUCGUUCAUAAGUCAUCGUCCAUGUUAUCAUUGAUGAUCAAUAAUCACAUGUAUAAUUAACGUGUGAAAAAAAUUAAGCUUUAUCCACACACAUACAUUGAGAUAUUUGUGAUCGAAUAUAUCUCAAUGUAUGUGUGUGUCUAGAUUAAAGCUUAAUUAAACUCGACGUGUAAUUAUUUUCCGACGAGAAAAAAAAUAAUGAAUAUUUUCUCGCCCAAGAAAAACGAUUUUUGAGGGGUAUAAAAAUGAAUGAUUUCCAACGGAUAAAUCAUUCAAUUAUUUGAAUCAAAUAAUAAUUAUUUUGUUUUAUAUUUUAGGUUGGCUUCGACGACACAAAAUUAUUCAAUUCAACAUCGAGCAAUAAAAUAA